UAUUCGCGGGAGAUUAUCCAAUUCAAGCUGCCUGUUUUGGGACGUGAUUGCCAGCUCCAUUCCUGUUCCUCUCGUCGUGUUCAAGAUGACUUCUUGGAAUGUCGAUUUUCUCCAGCCAAGCGGCGCCAGUGAUUCAACCAAGCGAGCGUUAAUUAUCUUGAACCAACCCUUUUCUCCAGCACUUUUACGUCGUCUCUGGACAUCCUCGCAGUGGCGUUGCUGCGCUGAUGGAGGGGCCAACAGACUGCAUGACACCGUUGAGAGCAAGGAGUUAUAUCUGCCAGAUCUCAUAACGGGGGAUUUUGAUUCCAUACGGACCGAAGUUCGCACCUAUUACACGUCGAAAGGAAUAUCUGUUGUCCAUAGUAGCGACCAAGACUCCACCGAUCUCAUGAAGUCUAUGCAAGCCCUGUCUUCUGUGCAAGUUCCUGGUGAAGAGCCGUGGCAAGUUAUCAUUCUCGGCGGGCUUGCUGGGCGAUUGGAUCAGACGAUACACACGUUGUCCUACCUCCAUAAGCUUCGAAAGGACCCUUCUAAGCGAGUCUUUGCCGUAACAGAUGACAACAUUGGCUGGGUUCUCAAUAGUGGAGAGCAUUCCAUCAAGAUUGACCACUCUGUCCUAGGAAAGACAUGUGGUUUACUUCCAGUAGGCAUAGACUCUACGACACUUUCCACAACAGGACUGCAGUGGAAUCUCACGGAGACCAUAUCCUCCUUUGAUGCCAUGGUAUCCACGUCGAACCACCUUGUUCCAUCCUCAGACACGGUCUGGAUCAAGACCACCAAGCCUAUCUGGUGGACCAUGGAGCUACACGCAGAAAUAACAGUGUUGUACUUUGCGGGGGCUUCAACGGCAACGGGAAGGACCGAAGAGGCCGUACCUAUUCCGUUGCGCGGUCUCUCGUUGUUGAAUCUACGCGAUGUACUGAUUUCCAGGCAUCCCCAUACUGGUUUGGACAAAAUCCUAGAAACAUGCCAGUGGAGUGUGAAUGAAGAAAUGGUCGAUGAUCCAGCGAAUUGCGAGCUAUCAGAGGGUGCCGAGGUCGCCGUCAUUUGUCCAGUUUCUGGUGGUUGAAGCUGAAGCCGAGAAGAUCACUAUUUUAGGUACCAUAUUCUCUCACUUCACUGUCCCUUAUUCUUAAUGUUACCCAGAUGCCGCGUGAUUGCACUUAG